AUGGCCGCCUCCGAGCCGACGGCGCUGCUGUCCGAAGCCGACGGCGCCUUCUACGCGUUCGCCGGCGUCAUGCUCGCGCUCUACAUCGUCCCCGCGUCGCUCUUCACGCUCCACCGCGUCGUGCGCACGCCCACGUCGCGCCUGCGCUCGCGCUCGUUCGCACUGCACCUCGCGCUAUUGGCCGUCGCCUACGGACUGCUCUGGCGCUGCCUUGUCGCGCUCCAGCACGUCGACACGUCGGGCGUCUUCGACCCGUACGACAUAUUGGGCGUCAGUGAGUCGUCGUCGUCGCGCGAGAUCAAAAAGGCCUUUCGCACGCUCGGGCGGCAGCUGCACCCGGACAAGAACCUGCACGACCCGCGCGCGACGAGUGCGUUUGCGCGCGUGACAAAGGCCUACGAAGCGCUCACGGACCCCAAGAGCAUGGCGAAUUACCAGAAGUACGGCCACCCGGACGGGCGCCAAGCGCUGCUGUUUGACGUGGCCUUCGCCUCGGCCUUUCGUGGCAGCGACAGCAGCAGCUCGGGAUCGAUCGUGGUCGUGCUGUACUUUGGGGCCGUGUUUGCUGGCCUCGCGUACCUCGUGUACUGGCUGCAGCAACGGGCUGGCCGUCGCGAUCGCACGACUGUCUCGAAGGCCACGCGCGAGCGCUUUGUCGUAGCGCUGACUGCGAAAAUGAGCGUCCACGACGUCGUCGAGCUGCUCUUGUCGUGUGACGAGAUGGUGGGCGCUGCGGCUGGGAUCGUGGACGAGGCGCGGAACGACGCGCAGCUGCGGACCAAGACGCACGAGAAACUGGCCAAGAAAAUGGAUGCGGCCAAGGCGCUACCGGGUGAUGUGAUCAGUCGCAUACGCAAGCAUCCGGACCCGGUUGCUCGCGAAAACAUGCUGGCGCUGUACCAGUUUCUACGUCGAGGGAAAUUGCGUGGGGUAUCACGUCCAGCGUGGGUGGACCAGCGGUUCCAGAAGGUGUUGCUCGAGCUACCGUUCUUGCUGGACAUUUUUGCCACAAUUGCUGCUGAGCAGCUCGUGAUACGCGCGUACCCGGCAAUUCCACUGCUGCGGGCACUGUCCCUGCUGUCGAGUAUUGCUCAGGGAAGCUUUGUACCGGACGACGUGGCGUUGCGUGACCAGAACGAGCGAGUGGCGGCUAUCGAUGGACAGUUGCCACAGCUGCAGCUGGAAAACACGACGCUGGAGGUGUUGGACGAGUCGAGUGUUCGCCCUGGAGACUGGCUCACGCUGCAGACGACUCUGCAACGGCGUCACGUCAAAGCGAACGAGACGGCACCUCUAGCAGCCACGUUUUACGAUCACGUGGAUCCGAAGAGUCCAUUUCGUAAGGAGCAUGUAUGGUUUCUCGUCAUGGACAAGGAAAGUGGUCGGCUCUAUUCGGCGUGGAAGUGUCUGGACCUAUCUCAGCAAGUCGAGCUAAAACGAGGUUUCUUGGGACCCGAGACUCCAGGCAAGUACGAGCUGGAGGUGCGUGUGCUGUGCCCGGCGUAUCUAGACGUGCAGUCCAAGACCACGCUGCCCCUUGUCGUUGGGACAUCGUAG